CGACAACCAUGAUUUGUUGCAGCUAAUCUUUCCGUACGAGUGAUUUUAGACAGAUAGCCUCGCAUAAGGCUCAUAUCGCCCUCUGAGUCGUUCGCGAUUACCACCAGCGGUUCUCAUCGAAUCCUCAAUCAACCGCCACCAUGCGUAUAAAAGCGCUUUCCAGGUCAGCAGCCUCUGCACAGGCUCCGGGCUCGAAUGUCGCCAAGAACAUUCGAAACUUAGACCCGGAUCUCCAUCCAUUCGAACGUGCGAGAGAAUACACCCGAGCACUCAACGCUACCAAGAUCGAGCGGAUGUUCGCGCAACCCCUCUUGGGCGAUUUCGAGCCAGGACAUGUCGACGGCGUAUACUCCUUCGCGAAGGACCCCGAGUGUCUUGAUCACUUCGCCUCGGGAAGUGGAGACGGCAUCGUAAAAGUGUGGGACCUGACGUCGAGGAAAGAGCAAUGGCAGGGCCAGGCGCAUAACAACAUAGUCAAGGGCAUGUGCUGGACAAGAGACCGGAAACUCAUUACUUGCGGAAGCGAUCAAAAGAUACAGAUGUUCGAGCCCUAUACUACGCCUUCGAAGAGUCCGCCCGUAGCAACAUGGCAUGGCGGGGCCUUCACAUCCGUCAGCCAUCAUCGGAGUUUGCCCUCCUUUGCCGCGGCCAGCGACAAAGUCUCCAUCUACGACAUUUCAAGAGCAUCAGGAGCCCCCGUGCAGACUCUGCAAUGGCCGACAGCUAUCGACACCAUCAACGCGCUUGCCUGGAAUCAAGUAGAGACUUCCAUCAUUGCGUCUUGCGCAACGGAUCGCGCUAUCAUUCUUUACGACUUGAGGACCAAUUCUCCGCUGCAUAGGACAGUGCUUAACCUCGCAUCGAACUGCAUGGCUUGGUCUCCAAUGGAAGCGUUCAAUUUUCUGGUGGGGAAUGAGGAUCACAAUACAUAUCUAUUCGACAUGCGAAACAUGAAACGAGCGUUGAACAUCUACAAAGGGCAUGUUGCUGCCGUUAUGAGCGUUGACUGGUCUCCCACCGGAGAAGAAUUCGUAUCGGGUUCAUACGAUCGGUCCGUUCGCAUCUGGGAACGACAAAAAGGGCAGUCGAGAGAUGUCUAUCACACUCGGAGAAUGCAGCGUGUCUUCUCGGUUGCUUGGAGUCCGGACAACAACUACCUCCUCAGCGGCAGCGACGACGGCAAUGUGCGCUUGUGGCGUGCUAAGGCGUCCUCUCGACAGGGCGUCAAAUCGUACGCGCUCCGGCAGAAACUACAAUGGCAAUCGUUCAAGUGCCUUGAUUUUCUGAGUUCGCUGUGGGCAAGUCUUCGAACAGCGGUCAACAGCAUGCCUUAUGGACGCGGGGUCCUAGAGGCACGGCAAAUUUCUACUGGCUAUGCACUGUUGAUGACGCCUUCGAAACUCUCCAACACUGACGACGAUGCUUUGAAAGAGAGGUAUAAGCAUAUGCCCGAGAUUAAGCGAAUAGCCCGACAUAGGCAUCUGCCUAAGCAGGUUAAGAAAGCCGCCGAGAUUAAGACCGAGGAGCUAGCAGCGAUCAAGAGACGAGAGGAGAACGAGCGCCGGCAUACUAAAAAGGGUCAGGUCAGGCGGAAAGCUGCCCGAGAGACUAUGAUUCUUGCCCGGGAGCAAUAG